GCUCGAUGUUGUCUGUCAGUCUGAUGAUGUGUCAAAUAACAUACCGGCAUUGAUAGUCAGCGGUAGCCAGUGAGCCAGCAGCAGCACGACGGAGGAGGUUACACCAAACCUCGUUUAGAACAAUCACAAAUAUACACCUAGUCGUUUAUAUCAGGCGCGUUAUGUAGUUUUAGUUGCUCUCCUCACCCUCGUCCAUUAAAGACAGCCACGGUGGGCGGCAGAGAGCGGUCUUGAGGCUCUUACCUGACAUGAAUGUUAAGCAUUGCGCUAGCUGUGUCUGGAUUAUUCCCUGAGCGGUUUCAGCUGAACCACAUUGUUGAAGGGGGGGGGCUGUUGAAUCUACAGCCGCUGUACGACGGAUUGAUUCACUCAAAAGACACCUGAAAGAAAAAGGUCGCGAUGAGCGUCCCCUGCUUCUUGUUCUCCGCUGCCCGAAGCUUCCCGCGACCCACCGCCGGUCUGCUCUGCUGCCGGCUGCCGGGCCCCAGCUCCGAGACAAGAAGAAAUAUGUCCUCCAAAAGGCAAAUGGACCAUCUAGAGAGAACGGCGAGCAACUCCAGACAAAAUGCUGUGUAUCCAGCUGAGGUAUGUGGCAUCAUAAAUGAGUCUGAGACAGUGAAACGUUUGAGGAUAGCUGUCCAUCCAGACUUCAGCUUCAAAGCAGGACAGUGGGUGGAUUUCUUCAUCCCCAGUGUGGAGAAGGUGGGAGGUUUCUCCAUGUGCUCCAGCCCGGGUUUGCUGCAGAGGGAGGGCAUCGUUGAACUCGCCGUCAAAUACGCCAAACACCCCCCGGCACACUGGAUCCACACCGCGUGUACAGUCGGCUCCAGGGUGGCCAUGCGCGUAGGUGGAGACUUCUUCUUCGACCCGUCGCCGUCUGACCCCUCCGUGGACCUGCUGCUGGUAGCCGGCGGCGUAGGGAUCAACCCCUUGUACUCCAUCCUGUUGCACACCACAGAUCUGCUGCAUCUGAACCAGGCUUCUGGCGGGCGGGACUACAACAUCGGCUCCGCCCACCUCUGCUACAGCGCCAAGAACACCCAGGAACUGCUCUUUAAGAGCUCCAUCAUCGAAGCAUGUCGGGAGUUCCCUGACAAGUUCACGUGUGACUUCCACGUCACGCAACAGAGCGCAGAUGUCGACCCGCACCUCCUUCCGUUUCUCAAGCGUGGGAGAAUCACAGAGGAGGAGUUGCGGGCUCACGUGGACCCGCAGAGGACUUUGUGUUUCCUGUGCGGACCCCCACCCAUGAUUGAAGCAAUUUCAAAAACCCUCAUGGACUUCGGCCUCACAAAAGACAGAAUCCUCUACGAGAAAUGGUGGUAGAACCUCUUAGAAGUCCUGGAAACCUACAGGGUUGUAUUCCUUGUGCUCUUUUUUUUUUUUUUUGCAGUCUUCAGGGGGGAGGAUGUACGGGGUGCGGUGAGAAUAGAAAGCAACUGUAAUAUUCCAGUGAUAUGGAUAAUAUGAGAGCUCAAAUGCUUGAGGAAGUACGCCCUCCGAUCCCUGCUGCUGCAACCUGUGCCUGAUCUGUGAUAGACCGCUGGGACCACCCACCCUUCAGCUAGCAGCUGACUCACAAAGACAAUAGAAGACGAACAAAGAAAUUCUUACAAUCUUAAAAGAACGACUGAGCAGACUGUAAAAUCUCAACUUUGGCAAGACACCGUUCAGAUCACUGCCUAGCUGAAUAUUGUAACAAAUCAGCAACUCCAGUGUCCCCUUUAUGUGUACAAUGGACACAUUGUGACACAGGUGUUACAUCUUCAGUGUUUUACACCAAAAUUCCACCUGAAUGUUUACGCACUAAUUUAUCAUGCAAGCCAUGUCUUCAAGCAAUAAUUUUAUAUUUUUGGAAAUGCACUCAUUUUCUCCCUUGCAAAGAGUUAAACGAAAAGCUCAAUACCACACUUGUACAGUACGUGUUGAGUAAAUAUGAAGCUACAGCCAGUAGCUGCUUAACUAUGCUUAGCAUAAAGACUGGAAACAGCUAGCCUGGCUCUAUACAAAGGUAACAAAAUCCACCUAAACCACCAACUUUUUAAAGCUUCAGUAUCU